CAAAUAUUUAGGACUGAAAAUUGAUCGAUUUUCACCACUUUCCCGAAAAAAAUUGUUCUGAGUAAUAUUAUCCUCUCGAAUAACCGAAUAUCUGUUGCGUAUAAUACAUAAUGGGCAACAAGGGUGUUAUUCCGUUCAUCAAGGACUUCUAUUACGAUCCCUUCAAAUGGUCAGUGGUGAAGAGCAUCGGAUUUUUCGCAGUUGGCGUGGUCGUCGCGAGCGAGUGCACGGGCCUAGAACUCAUGCCCGCGGUCCCGAAUUAAAAAAAAGACGAACCAUAGACUUUUAUGUUAAGUUUAAGUAGUACACCAAGAUGUUAAUUUUGAAUUCUCUUUUGUUUUUUCUUCUCGCCGGCGGGAUUUUGUGUGAUAAACCAAACUUUGUGAUUAUAUUGACGGAUGAUCAGGAUGUCACGAUGGGUGGUAUGACUCCGAUGAAACAUGUCCGGCGGCUUAUUGGUGAGGAAGGCAUGACGUUUGCUAACACGUUCGUGUCAUCCCCAAUUUGCUGCCCGAGCCGAGCGAGUAUCCUCACCGGCCUCCACAUUCAUAAUCACGGGACGACGAACAACACAGUCCGUGGCGGAUGCUACGGACCUCAGUGGAAGAAACUUGAGGCGAACACAUUCGCCACUGCUCUGCAAGGCGCUGGGUAUAGAACUUUCUACGCUGGAAAGUAUCUUAAUGAGUAUGGUAAAAAAGACAGAGGAGCAACGGUGCCCCCGGGCUGGUCGGAGUGGCACGGACUAGUGGGCAACUCCGUCUAUUACAACUAUACGCUGUCUAACAACGGGGUGCCGACUCACUCUGAAGACCUUUAUCUCACGGAUAUUAUCAGAGACAUAAGCGUCAACUUCUUAGAAAACCAGACGGAGCCUUUUCUAAUGGUCCUGGCGCCGCCAGCCCCGCACCAGCCGUUCACGCCCGCGCCGCGCAACCGGGACGCCUUCAGGGACGUCGCGGCGCCCAGGACGCCGAUCUUCAAUGUAGCGGCAAAGGACAAACACUGGUUGAUGACGAUGCCGCCAUCCCCUCUCCCCGAGUCUAUGCUCCAUGAGUUAGACAGAGCAUACCGUUCCCGCUGGGAGGCGCUUCUAGCUGUGGAUGAAAUGGUAGCCGACGUCAUGGCUAUGUUGAAGAAAAGCGGCAGGGAUAACACUUACGUCAUAUAUACUUCUGAUAAUGGAUAUCAUGUUGGACAAUUCUCCCAAGUGUACGACAAACGGCAGCCCUACGAGUCGGACAUCAGGGUGCCCCUGCUAAUAAAAGGGCCCGCCAUCAAGCCAAACGUGACCAGCCAUCAGCCAGUGAUGAACAUUGACUUGGCGCCCACCAUCUUGAAACUGGCCGGUUUGGACGUCCCUAAGUCUAUGGAUGGCAGGGCCAUCGAUGUUUUAGACGAAAACCCAGUUAAGGAGAGGACCAUGUUGGUGGAGUAUUUCGGACAAGGCCAAGACGGGGCAGUGGACUCGAAAUGCCCGUGGAAAUAUGACAGCGAAUAUUUAGAUGAAUGCCGUCCACUGUACGACUGCAAAUGUCAGGACUCGAGAAACAAUACCUACGCGUGUUUAAGGCGCAUCGGGAAACAGGUCAACGAUAAAUAUUGCGAGUUCAGAGACACAAAGGAUUUCAUCGAGAUCUACGACUUGGACGCCGAUCCCUACGAGCAGAGUAACCUGAAGAACGACACUAUGGGCGCGUUCCUAGCGUGGUACCAUCACGUACUGAACGCCAUGGUGUCAUGCAAGGGCUUAGACUGUGACCCGGCAUUUGUAAAUAAAUGAAAAUAUGUUAAUUCCGACCGAAGUUAA